AUGGUCCCGCUCCCUCCAAAGACGAGGCUUAUCAAGUCUCUCGACCAAAGCGCACUCGUCGCGAGCCAGUCGAGACUCCAUCAGAAGCGCCAGCGUAUAACGCGAUCACGCCUGAAGCCCUCCACCGCCCGUCCUAGUUCUGCCUCUUCUCGACCUGCGCGAAAUACUUCCGCUCUCGCCGCCGAUCUUGCGAACUUGGGUGACUUCAAUCUCCCUCCUACCACAUACCACAAGGAUAGGUACAGUGACAGCGACAGUGGGCAUGGACGCUCACCUCCAACUCGACGCCUGCGAGCACGGAAGCAGGUCCGGCCCACCCGUAUUGAGAAAUCGCGGUCCAAGAAGACAAUUACUUCAUCUCAAAAGCGCCGCCAACGUCACCGCCCUCGCAAAGAACUUGCUGAGCUCAAGCGCUGGGCACAUUGGCAGUCGGAAGCAGUGAGCAGUUCCAGCGAUUCCGACAGCGAUGACGAAGCGACACCACGAUCCAUCUCCCGCUCGUUCCCAGCCAAGCAGGUCGGCGUACAGAACGUGCCGUGGAAACAGUUGCCCGCUGAGAUGCGGAACAUGAUCUACGAGUACUGCAUUGCAAAUGAGGAAGAGAAGGUCAUGAACGUCACGCAUUACCCUCAAGGCAUCCCCCGUCGAUCGGGUCGUGGCGCAUCGAACACCGCCAGCUUUGCGCACUCCUACUGGGGCUUCACGCAGACUUGUCAAGCUAUCCGAGCGGAACUGAUCCCAUGGUUGCUCCAGAAGCGAAAUGUUCGAACGCCGUUAGCUACUCUCAACGACUAUGUCAACACCUUCCAUCGCCCAGGCCUAGUUGAUGGCAAGCGUGUUGGCAAUGUCGAGCCAAUUUGCACUGGUGCUCCGCUUCCAGGAAAAGGCGUUGAGAUUCUCGAGUUGCUCAAGCAGAAACACGAGAGCACGGAGUUCCGACUCCAACUCAUACCCACAUCGGUCAGCCCAGUCCUCGAUGCGCUGCAGGCGAUCCCAGAUCCUCUUGCCUAUGAUGAGCUCAAGAUCUUAAACGAGAUCGAAGCUGUCUUCAAGAAAGACGCUGGUGAGAAAUUCCGCAAAGCCGGGAUUGGCUCGAUUCGCAUCCUCUCGAUAGUCAACGAGGCCAUCGGCGGUGACGUAGAGUACGAUGAAGACUUCGAGCAUGGAGAGCAGCGAUCGCACGACGUUCAAGUCGAACUCGACAUCAUCCCACCGACCGGGGCCCACACACACCGGAACAAGCAGAUCUCGGAAAUCAACCAGUUUGUUUUUGAGACACGUCUUGCCUAUAAGGAUGGAUUGCAACUGCAUGCCUAUUUCGCCGGCGGCAUCGCGCGAUGGAAAGUUCGACGCCAGGGAGUCGUCGACAUGGGUUGGAAGCAGAAGAAGAGAGGAGGCACCGACAUAUACCGGAGAUUGGCAGGACGCACAAACGAUCCAGAUAGCUUCGACGCUGAGGAACUCGACUAG